AGAUUACAAAACGUACGUGAGGUCUGAACUAACUGGCUAAAAUGGUGGUAGUUGGGAAUGGAUGAAAAUGAAUGUCUACCUGUAACUAAAAUUUAAGUGAUGAAUUAAGUGAAGGGUAGGUAGAAGAAAAAAUGAAGAGGCUCUUAUAGUCUUUCUAUUUAGUAUCAGUGUACAAGAAGCUAUUAUCAUUUGUUUAAUCUUUUUAGGGACAGUUUUUUUAUAAGAAGUAGAAGAACUGAAAAAUAUGGAGGAAGCAGUACUAGAGGUGUUGACAGAUGAUAAUGUGAACAAUUAUAAGAAGAAGAAAAUGAAGAUCUUGUGUUUACAUGGGUUUAGAACAAGUGGAAGUUUCUUGAAGAAACAGAUCAGUAAAUGGGAUCCUUCUAUCUUCCCUGACGAUCAAUUCGAACUGGUGUUCCCAGAUGGCAUCUUUCCGGCUGGGGGUAAAUCAGAGAUUGAGGGCGUAUUUCCACCCCCUUAUUUUGAAUGGUUUCAGUUCAACCAGGAUUUCACAGAGUACACAAACUUGGAUGAGUGUAUAUCCUACCUUUGCGAGUUCAUAACAAACAAUGGACCUUUUGAUGGCUUACUUGGUUUCUCCCAGGGAGCAGCAUUAUCGGGCCUUCUACUAGGAUACCAAGCUCAGGGGAAAGUGCUGAAGGACCAUCCUGCGAUAAAACUGUUCGUAUCGGUUUCUGGAAGCAAAUUUAGGGACCCAAGCAUAGGUGAGGUUGCUUACAAAGAACCCAUCAAAGCUAAAUCAGUUCACUUCAUAGGAGCCAAGGACUGGUUACAACUGCCUUCUGAAGACUUAGCAGCUGCAUUUGACAAGCCACUGAUCUUAAGGCAUCCUCAAGGUCAUACUGUUCCAAGACUAGAUGAGGUUACAACCAGUCAGCUACGUGACUGGACCAUGAACAUCGUCCAGAGUGACACUGGUCUUGCAGGAAAUAGCAGUGAGCCAAAUAAUAGAGAUAUCCCGGGCGAUGUGAUGAAGCCUGUUGAAGCACAGCCAUGAUGGAGCAAAAUGAUGAGCUAAAGGCAUCCGCAGAACAGGGAGAAAAUCUGAUGAAAAGAUCUUAGAAGGCAAAACAUGUGCCGACACGUUGGGUUGUCAUGCGCACCACAAACUGUCUUUAAUUCCAUCUAUUAAACAAGUAAUUUUGCUAUGUUACAUUGGUAUGCUUGGACUCUUUUAGCGAACCAGUUGUGGUGGGGAGAAGCUUAGUAAUCCCCACCAGAUCGCCAGGAUAAUCAGCAAGCCCGAGUAUUGGUUGUGUAA